CACCUACUCAUUACCGUUUUGGUCUUCUCGUCGGGAGGGGAAAGAAACGCAUAAACGGAAAACGAAACGCGGAGAGUAAACCGAACCCCUAAACUAGAAAAAUGCUCCGAGGUGACGGAGUUGUCCUGUCGCCAGUCGCGUCCCUCUCUCCAUUCUGAAGAAAGUUAGGGUUUAAGUAAAUUUUCUUUCGAUUCGAGCGUAGGAUUCCGCAUUGCCGAGCUUCAAGACCUGGUGGGAAGUUCGGAUUCUUUCGAUUCAAUCUAAUAGAGGGGCAGCAAUGGCUUCCCUCUUCAAGGAUCCGGCGAAGCUCUCGGCUUAUCGGGACAGACGCUUUCCUGGAACACAGGAGGAAUUUGAGCAUGCACUGCAGACCUCGGUUACCGUAUACAUUGGGAACAUGUCUUUCUACACUACGGAAGAGCAAGUCUAUGAGCUAUUCACUCGGGCUGGGGAAAUUAAGAAGAUAAUCAUGGGAUUGGAUAAGAACUCAAAGACUCCUUGUGGCUUUUGUUUCGUCUUAUACUAUUCCAGAGAAGAUACCGAGGAUGCUGUGAAGUAUAUAAGUGGUACAAUUCUUGACGACCGCCCCAUUCGAGUCGAUUUUGAUUGGGGAUUUCAAGAAGGAAGGCAGUGGGGCCGAGGUCGAAGUGGUGGACAGGCAUGGACGGUUCUUUCAGUUUCAAUUGAUAUGUUUCAACAGUUCUUCCCCCAAAACCUCCUUCUUUGGGCGGACUCACUUAUUCCCCAAAAAUUCAUUAGACUUUUCUUUUUCUGCCAUUUUCCAGGCUUUUCUGAUUUCCUUAACAAGGUUAUACGCAGGGGUGGUUAUGGGAAGUUAGUGCAAAAAGAGCUGGAAGCUCAAAGGCAGCUUGUAGAUUAUGGGACUGGAUCGCUUGGUUCGUUCCCUCCGAUUAUGCCACCUCAAUUUGGGAGACAAGGGGGCCCUGGUCAUGGUGGCUCACAUAGGCAAGGAAGAGAUUUUCAUAGAAAGCGGUUCCGAGAUGAUGACCGACAUGCUCGUGGUGAGCCUCCAAAAAGAGCGUACGAACAAGAACCUCGAAGAAACUCUGAUCCUGAAUCCCGACCGGAGAAGAAUCCACGUUUCAGAGAAAGCGGUGACUCUGACGAGGAAGAUGAUGAGAAGAAGGGAAAAGCAUAGCCAAUCUAUCCGUUAUAUUACCUUUGGGAACGUACUGAGAGUGAGAGUUGACAUGAAAUAUCUCGUAGCACAAGUGCUCUAAACAUUUAAGGAUGAACUGUUGUGUCAAAAGAAGAGCGAGGAUCAAUUGUAAACCACCAUGGCAACUUCAAAAAGAACAGUUACUGUUAGAAGUGAAAUAUUUUCCGGCAUUAAGAUCAGAUUAACCAAAUAUUCUCGUUCUCUGUAUAUAUUAUGUGUGUGUCUCUGUGUUUCUGCUGUUCAUAGUGCAGCAGGAAUUUCUCAGUAGCUAGUACACACUUGACACUUGCCCACUUAACAGGAACUUCUAAAGGUAUGGCUUUUAAAGCUUUCUGGUAGUAAAUUAGCUUGUUUCUCUCAUUUUGUAGAACGACUUGUGCAUAAUUCCUUAAUGAACAAUAUACAGAUAACUUGCUGAAGAAUGAAAAAAAAAGCAAUUAACCUUAAAUAGACAUAAUCCUGUUGAAUGAGUUCACUGUUCCAAUAUUAUCUGUAGUUUUGUUUUCAUCGUAUCAAAGAAUCCUUUUUACAUCCCCUACCGAACCACCAGCUUAACAUCAGGAUUCCUCAUCGAUUUCAGCCACAUAUCCGCCAUUAUUCUGGAAGAAAUGCUCCACAACACAUCCUGCUCUUUCCCAGUUGCGACCUUCCCCUUCUUGCCUCCCUUCACAAUUCCAUAAGCUACCAGCCAUUGCAUGGCAGUCAACCUUUGCCGCUCUGUAUCAAAUGCAUUCCUCUUCCCUUUACUUCUCACCUUCAUCCCUCCAAGAUGUAAGCUCCUCACCUUGAACUUCUUCUCUUCUUCAUACUUCUUCUCGUUUCCAUCAACUACUCGACCUCCAUGGAUGAUUACCAAAAUAGGCCCUCCAACUGCUUCAUAUCGCCUCAAUGGAUCCCGGAGCUGGACACAAACAGCUAUAGUGAUCGUCUCUUCACUCUCUCCCGACUUCUCACUUCUCCUUAUCCAGUCUUCCAAAGGAUUCGCAGUUUCCAGAACUUGGCUUCCCUGAACUGGAGAGACAUCAAAGGGAGCUUCUUCAUCAGCCAUUUCAGCCUGGAUUCUCAAUCCUUCUAUGGCCAUCGCUUCAAUCUUCUGCAAUGAAAUAGCCAACACCUCCUCGGCAGUCAAAGGUUCCUCGCUCACGUUCCAUAUCCCUGUCGAGAUCCUCUCUUUCCUCCCUGAGCUCAUUGCAGUUGCCAUAGUCUUCACCGAAGCAAUGGUCCUCGCAGCACUCGAGGUCGCUACUUCUUCUUUGUUCCUCCCUUGGAUGAUUGCAGAGGCUAUCCCUUCAAACGCAACUUGCUCUGCUGUUUUCCCCAUCAGCUCGUCUAGCGGCAUUGUAGACAGAAUCUGUGAACUCAGCUCUUCAAAUCCAACACCAGCAAUCUUCUGAAACAACUCGAACCCACUAAAGGAAGAGGAAGACUGCUGCUGCUGUGUUGAUGCAAGAACGAGUGGUCUCGAUAGCUGCAUCGCGAGCUUUGGAGUCUCCUUUUUAGUCACAAUAACAUCAUUGAGUGGGUUCAUGGCCACCAAGUAACCUCCAUCCCGGGUUUGAACCACGCAGCGGAGUCCCUUCCCGAGAUCCGAGACAUAGGCUUGGGAAGAAUCAGAAUCAGCUUCAGCUGAAUCAUAAUGGAUUUCAGGCAAUUGGCUGAAAUUACUGAACUGGACUCCAUCCAUCCCUUCUCCUUCAUUUUCAAGCAUUUGAAGAAACUCUUUCGUCACCGUCUCUUCACCCGCAUCCAGCUUCUGUGAUUCAGCCUCAUCAUCACCAUCAUCAUUUUCCUCUUCUCUCAUCAUGGAUUCCAAAGCUUUAAUCUGCUGAGCUAUGGAGUCAAGCUCAGACAAUCGGUUCAAGUGAACUUGAUCAUGCACGAUUUCCUUCACGACCUCGCUAGAAACGGACUUCCCUUCCGAAUUCUCCACAGAAUCUGCAUCUCCAUCUCCACCACUCUUCUCUUCUUCUUUGUCCUGAGAAAUCUCCACUCCUUUAUCCACCACCUCAAACUCUGGAAGAAGGUCAACCUCUUCUUCCACUUUCUGCUCACCAUCCUUCUUCUGGCCUGACGAAGGAGGAAGUUGAGGAACAACAACAGGAGCUGGCUCGUCGAGAUUCAAAUCGUCAAUCCCCUGAAGAUCAGCUGGAAUUCUGGCCUGCGAAGGAGUCCAAGCUUCAGCGCGACUAGUAAUCCGAGGACUAGUCACGCUGAAAGACAUUUUGGACUGUUUACGCCCAAAAGAAGGCGUAAAGCUCUUCACUAAACUACUACCACUGGCUUUCGCCCCUUGAUCUUGAGAAGCUUGGCUGUAGAUGUCAAUCCCACCAUCCUUCUCCAUAAUCUGAAACCCUAGCUUCAGGACAACCUCAGCUCCUUUGGCCUUGCCAGCCAGCGUGAACGUGGUGUCCCACUGACGAAUCCUGGUUCCUUGCAGGUUCUUGGCCAUGGAUUCCUGAAUCAGCUCGCUCAAGUCCACCGAGCUCCUCCCGAAAUCGAGCUCCUCUGCAUCGACGGCGAAGACAUAGAUGUAGAAAACCCUCGGCUCGAAUUUCAGCUGCUUGUUGCUGCUGCUGCUGUUGGUAUUUCCUGCAGAAGAAGAAGAAGAGCAGUAUACGUGGCACUUGAUGAAAAGCGUCUCCUCGAAAUCCGCGGCGCCCUGGGAGACCCGGGAAGGCAUGGUGUGAACGGAACCAUCUUUGGUCUCCUUCUUCCUGACGCAGACGGAGAGCCUGAGCCCAUUCAUGGAGGAAGGAAGCCCUUGUACGGCUACCACUUCGACGGAGAAUAAACAGCUCAAUUUCUGCAUACCAAUGUGGGAGAGCGCUCGAAUCGGCUUCCAGUUCCAAAUCCCUCCUUUCUUCUCUGCUGCUUUGCCGUCGUCCAGCUUCUUGCCACCGUCAGGUUUGACGGUGGUUUUGAUGGUGACGUCGUCGUCGUCGAGCUUGGGCCUGGAGCGCCAGGGGGACAAGGACAUGCGCCUGGUGCGGGGGCGGGAGGCGGAUCUGCUGCUGCUGCUGUUUGGGACGGCGGCGGCGUCGGAGGAGGGUUUGAUGAUUUCGUCGGUGGAGAGGAUGGAAGGGAGUGAGGUUCUGGGGAGGGCGAGGGAGUUGGUCCUCCUGGCGGUGGAAGCAGUGUGGGUCUGGUAGAGGGAUUGGCUGAGUGCUUCCAGCUCUUCCAGCAGCUGGGUGUUGGAGUUUCGCCUGCUGGAGGAAGGUGAAUUGGCAGCGGCAGCCAUUGCGGUGGUUGUUCCUUGUGAAGCAGAGGAGGGGAGAAAGGAAGGGAAGGAUAAGGAGAAUGGUGUUGGGUUAUGUUUUCCACAUUUGUGAUCGAGAGGUGCAAGUGUUGCCAAGUUUUGUGGGAUGUGGAGGACUGGAGGUUUAAGCUGAUUUGGUUGGCUGGGCCUUUCCUAAAUUAUGGGGUGAUGGGUGUGCUGAGACGAUAAGAGGAAAGCUGCAGACUGCAGGUCUGGUAUUGGCGAUUUGCGCGUUUGUGGCCUUCGUUUUCUUUUCCAUUUUCCCUGCUGGAAGAGUCGACAGAACCUGAAAGGGAUGGGAAUUACGGGUCCCCCACGG